UAAGUCUAGUGCGAAAAAGGUCUGAUAUCCAAUCGCCUGUUAUCAUUAUGUCUCCCGAACAAGAUUAUGCUCCGGUCCCUGCUGGAUGGAAUCGGUAUAUCUAUUAAAUACAGUGUUGAGCGGCUGUUAAUAGAAUCAUCAGGCAGAAGUACAGAUGAAAGGACACCAUUCUGCCAACAUCUUAUCCCUAUCCUGAAGGCGUUUUCUGGUGUCACAGGUCUCAUGGAUUUCACUUGGUGCGAAAAUGGACUUCUGAACAAUCGCCUUUUGUCACUAUGCCUUCCGAAACCAAUGAUCUUUCGCUCCCUCUUGGACGGUGUUGGUGUAUCUGUCAAAGACAAAGUGGAACGGCUACUUAUUGAAUCAUCUGGCAAGAAUCCUCCCCCCCCAGCAAAAAAAAAAUGUUAACUUCAAUAUAGAUGCAAAAAUUGAAUGUUAUUCAGAAGCAUUACAAGACAC